AUGACUGGCUGGCCGGAGGAUCCCAAGGAUCUGCCUAAAUGCAUACGUCACUACUGGUCGUGUAGAGACGAACUUUCGGUCGACAACGGCCUAGUCGUCAAGGGAGACAGAAUCAUCAUUCCCGAAUCCAUGCAACAAGAGACACUCGCAAAAAUACACGCCGGACACCAAGGUGUCAACAAAUGCCAACUGCGAGCCAAAGUGUGCGUGUAUUGGCCAGGUAUCAACAAGGACAUUGAACAGUUGGUUGGGAAAUGCGUUGUGUGCCAAACACAUCAGCGCAAGCAGUCUCAUGAGCCUCUACUACCUCAUGAGAUACCCCAGCGGCCUUGGCAGACCGUCGGAACGGAUCUAUUCCAUUUUGACAAUGCUGACUACCUCAUCAUCGCGGACUAUUAUUCCAAAGCUACAUUUGUACGUCGCGUGAGUGGUCAGUGUUCGAGUGCAGCGGUAAUAACUCUCACAAAACAAAUCUUCAGUGAGCAAGGUAUCCCCACCAAAGUCAUAAGUGACAAUGGGCCGCAGUACGACAGCCGUGAGUACCACAAAUUCUCCCAAGACUGGGAAAUUGAUCACGUAACAUCAAGCCCAAGGUAUCCAAGGAGUAACGGUUUCAUCGAGCGGAUGAUACAGACUGUGAAAUUGACCCUGACAAAGGCAAAGCAGUCCAACGUGGACCCCUACCUUGCACUCCUAUGCCUCCGCACAACUCCGAUAGACAGUGCUCUUCCCUCACCUGCAGAGCUACUCAAUGGUCGCAAACUCAAGGACAAUCUUCCGUCGAAGAUUCGACACAACCGGCACGACAAAGAUGACGUGUAUGCCAGGUUGGCCCAGCGCCAAGACAAACAGAAGGAGUACCAUGACCGUGAUGGUAUGCGCAAACUAUCAUCACUGGUACCGGGACAACACGUGACGGUUCAAGAUCAUCACACUGGGAAAUGGACACCCGCAGUUGUCAAAGAUGCUUGUCCAGAACCCAGAUCAUUCAUUGUUCAGACACCAACUGGACAAAGCUUACGCCGUAACAGAGUGCACAUUCGCAAUACUGAACCAAUGAGAAAGACACUCCGCUUUGCAGACCCACCAGUUGCUAGCGUACAUACCCCGUCACUCAACCCACAUGCCCCCAAGUCUAUACUGAGGAAGACUGGGAGCAAGUCUACUGAUCAGAAACAACACAGUGACAACAACAACUCUAUCACUAACUUACCUGCUGUGGCUACUGAACCAUACCGUACACGCAGUGGCCGCGUAGUGAAGAAACCACAAAGACUGAUUGAAACAUAA